CCAAAAUCAAAUGAGGGGAUAUGUGAUCGGUAGAAAACUAAAAAAAUAAGAAGCCAGAUAUCCGCUUUCAUUUUUUUGUAGACUAACAGCACUUCACCGCCUCUCCACCUCUCCCAGUCUCAAUGCAUUUUUCUCUUAUUUUAUUUCUUAAACUUGCCUUCCCAACAAGAAUCAAGUUGGAAUCUUUAAGGAUCUGAAUUAAAAGCAUAAAUAAAACUCCAUUAAUGGUGCUGCAUCUUUGAAGGCUCGCAUCAUUUCUUGCUCAUCUCCAAAAUAUCUUGGUACGCAAUCAUUACUGUUCAUGAAAGUGACCUCAUUGCUAUAUGAAAUUAAGAUUUGCUGGCAAUAUGUGCUACUUUAUUUUGUUUUUUUGUUUGCAGAAUUGAAUUACCAUUUGUUCUAUGAUUGGUUGGUAUUAUGUCUUUUUAUUUUAUAUAUUUAUAGGGUUGUCGUGAUUGUUAAGUAGCUUCAGAUUCUUUGGAGAUUAGCAAUUUCUUUUAAACUCAGUUCCCGAUUUUUUGUAAACUGCUUUCCUCUGCAAUGGAUUUUUCCGAGUUUCCUUUCUUGACUACUUUUACAACAGAGGGAAUCAGUUCGAAUUUGAAGAUGUACAUAGUAGAUAGCAGAGGAGGAGCCAUAGCAUGCAUGCUGCUUGCGCUCCUCUUCCUAGGAACAUGGCCUGCAAUUCUAACUCUGUUAGAACGACGUGGUCGUCUUCCUCAACACACUUAUCUUGAUUACACAAUCACCAAUCUUCUGUCAGCUGUCAUAAUCGCUUUCACAUUUGGGGAAUUUGGCCAUACCAAUGAUGACAAACCCAAUUUCCUAGUCCAGCUUUCUCAGAACAAUUGGCCAAGCGUUCUGUUUGCAAUGGCAGGUGGGGUGGUUUUAAGCCUUGGAAAUCUUUCAACACAAUACGCUUGGGCUUUUGUUGGUUUAUCUGUAACUGAGGUCAUCACUGCAAGUAUUACAGUUGUUAUAGGUACAACUUUGAACUACUUUUUAGACGAUAAAAUCAACAGAGCUGAGAUACUUUUCCCCGGGGUUGCCUGUUUCUUGAUUGCUGUUUGUCUUGGUUCUGUUGUGCAUGCAUCUAAUGCCAAAGAUAAUCAAGCAAAGCUUGAUGGAUUAAAAGGUUCUCAAAUUGACAAAAAAGGAUCAAUUAGCAACGAGUCAUACGCGAUAUCAAAAAAGGAUCUGGAGGAUGGAGGUGGUAAAGGAGAGAAAGCAAAAGCAGGGACUGCAAGUUUUCUUAUUGAACUCGAGAGCCAAAGAGCAAUCAAGGUAUUUGGAAAAAGCACAUUCAUCGGUUUAGCCAUAUGUUUGUUUGCUGGAAUAUGUUUUUCUCUCUUCUCACCAGCAUUUAACCUUGCAACCAAUGACCAAUGGAACACAUUGGAUGAUGGUGUUCCUCACUUAAGUGUCUACACAGCUUUUUUCUACUUUUCUUGCUCUUGUUUUGUGAUUGCCAUAAUUUUAAACAUUACAUUCCUUUAUCACCCGGCUUUCAACUUGCCUAAAUCUUCAAUCAAAGCAUAUUUAAAUGAUUGGGAAGGGCGUGGUUGGGCUUUUUUGGCUGGUUUUCUUUGUGGUUUUGGAAAUGGUCUCCAGUUUAUGGGAGGACAAGCUGCGGGUUAUGCUGCGGCUGAUGCAGUUCAGGCACUUCCACUUGUGAGUACCUUUUGGGGUGUGCUUAUUUUUGGUGAAUACAGAAAGUCUUCGAGGAGAACGUAUGUAUUCCUUAUAGGCAUGUUGUCUAUGUUUAUUGUGGCUGUUGGAGUUUUAAUGGCUUCAUCUGGUCAUCGGAAACGUUAAGAUGAUUUAAAGGGUAAAAUUGUAACACGGGAUUUAAAACACUGCAAAGUUUAGUUAUUGUAUAAAUAACAUUGUACACACGAUAACCCUAUGUGAUUUAUUUUUUCGUUCCUUGAUUUGCUUCAUCUUACAGUUAACGUUGAUUUAAGAAAAAAACUGCAAAAAUGGUCUUAAAAAUGUGUAAUAGUCAUUUUGAAUUUACAACAUAUCAAACCACAACAAACUUUGUUAAAGGGAUCGAUGACAUUUGCAUUUAAAAAUCUUUUCAACUCCAUUAGGAAAAAAAAAA